AUGUUGAGAAAUGCUCAGCAAAAUGCUAGAAAUUUGAGAGUUAAUGAACGAUUAGAAAGUAGUGAGGUUUCUAAAGAAGAAAAACUUCCUUGGUGGGCUCUCAUUUCUUUUGGUUCAUACUCGCUUGGGAAUAUCGGAUACCACUUAUAUAGAUUCAGAGAUUGCAAUGAUGCUUACCAUGAAUUAAUGGAGGAAAUUCAAUCGGCAAAAAAUGAUUUAAGAGCAAAAGGAGUAUUGGUUGAUUAA